GCCGCCGCUGUCUGCGUUUGUCCAGCUCCUGUCUGACGCGUGAAGAACGAGAGCGCACUUGAACUUGAAUCUGUCCGGGGCAAAUAGACGGCCGUGCACGCGCACACGCGCGCAUCCAGGCGAACAGAGCAUCUUUCAUCGCGUGCGUCGAUUGGAAGUAGCCUCAAACACUAUAGGAAACUGGGAAAUAUCGGACCUCCUCGGCUUGUUGGAAGAAAAGGAGGAGGUGUCACGUCUGCUUGCCUGGGUUCUCUCUCUCCUUUCUCUCUCUCCUCCGUGUGUGUGUGUGUUUGCGUGUGUGUGCGUUUAAUGUGUCUCCCAAUCAGCAAGGCUAGUGCCGCUGGAGCCAAGAGUUGCCGCUCCGCGCACCAAUGCCAAAACGCACAGGAGGAGUCAGUGCCAAAGGGUCAUUUAGCGCACCACUGCUGAGAUGGAAGGACUGUAGGGAGCACACAGAGUAAACAGCUGCUAUUUGGCCCCUAGAUACGGCAAUCAUAGGCUUUUAAGAGAAAUUUCUGAAAAAAUAAACAGGGUCUAUUCUCUGAUACAGCGGUCGCUGCAGAGCCUUAAAAAAAUAAACCCCACUUUGGCUCACUCCCACCCGCGAUCCAGGUGUUGCUCCCACGGCAGGACUCCCGCGCGGAUCUUCCACCCUCAUCACGCGGCGCUCUUCCAGCUGCUUGACGCGCGUUAAAGUUGACCCGUUCAGAGACUGUCUGGGGCGAAGAGAGAAGAGCGCGAUCGGACGGAGUGCGGAGGAGAGCUGCUCACCGACACCACGGUUCAAGCCGACUCCAAGUGCCGUUCACCGGGCGAUGCCAGAGUAAAUGCCGGGGCAAUGUCCCGCCGCAAGCAGGUGAACCCGCAGCACUUAUCGUUGACGCACAGGGAGACGGUCCAAGCGGAUGUCAACCAUGACUCAGGAGCGCAAUCUCCCUCUCCGGAGCCAUCCACCCCGAGUCCUUUGAGGAUGGGGCCCGGAGAGCACGAUCUCUUGACCUGCGGUCAGUGCCAGACCAAUUUCCCCCUCGGUGACAUCCUUAUUUUCAUCGAGCACAAGCGCCGGCUAUGCAGAGGCCCCGGCGGCAGACCUGGUACCUUCUCCAAGCCCGGGGAAGCUGGUGGGAUCAUGGGCAUCCCCAUCCCUCCAAGGGCCCGGUCACUGGAUCUUGGCAGGGGUUCGAUUCCAGUGGAGGUGGGCAUCCAGGUGACCCCAGGGGGAGAGGAAGACGAGCAGAGGAGGCUGACUCCAGCUAAGGGGAUCUGCCCCAAACAGGAAAAAGGAGAUAAAGAUGAACCAUCCAGCUACAUCUGUACUACCUGUAAGCAGACCUUCAACAGCGCCUGGUUUCUUCUUCAGCAUGCCCAGCACACUCAUGGCAUCCGCAUCUAUCUCGACAACCAUCUGGCCAACUGCUCUCUCACUCCCCGCAUGGCUCUCCCUCCUCCACCGGGAGCUGAUGCUUUGCCUCGCUCCCCUCUCCCUACUUUCCUGGGUGACACCAACAACCCAUUUCACCUUCUACGUAUGGCGGCACCCUUGCUCAGGGAACACCCCCACCCAUCAGGUUACAUGGAGACCCGGCUCCCUGCAACACCACCUUUUGUCAGCCCUCCACCUCCCCCUAGACCGCCUCUAGAACGACUGGGUCCAGAGGAAAUGGGGCUGCUGUCACAGCACCCCAGUGCCUUUGAGAGGGUGAUGAGAAUGACCCCCAUGGAGCCUCCCUCGAUGGACUUCUCCCGUCGACUGAGAGAACUAGCGGGCAAUACGACCAAUAACGGUGGUCCCACACCCCCUUUGUCACCCAACCGUGUGCCACCCAUGCACCGCCUGCUUAGCCCAACACUUUUCCAGCCCGGUGCAAAACCACCAACAUUUCUCACCUACGCCCCACAACCACCCACAUCUCAGGGGGGGCAUGGCUCCUCCAGCCCUCCUGAUGCACAGGGUCAGAAUCAGGCCCCAGGAAAGUCCAAAUCCUGCGAGUUCUGUGGCAAGAUCUUCAAAUUUCAAAGCAACUUAAUUGUGCAUAGACGUAGUCACACCGGAGAGAGGCCCUACAAGUGUCAUCUGUGUGACCAUGCCUGCUCCCAGGCCAGCAAACUUAAAAGGCACAUGAAAACACAUAUGCACAACAAGUCUGGGAACAUGACUGGAUCUCCAGAACAGGGAAGUCGGGGAGAAGAAGGAGAAGGUGAAGGGAAAAACAGAGAGGGGGAUACUAGAGUUAUGGAGAUGGAGAAUGAGGAAGAAGAGGAAGAGGAGGAGGAAGAAGAAGAUGAGGAAGAGGAGGAGGAGGAAGAGCUAAGGAAUGGAAGUCGACCAGAUUCAAACCUAAGUGAGGACUCCCAAGAAUUCAGUCAGAAUAGAGAAAAUGGUCCCAGACAGUCCCCUGUGGAGAAACCUAUGAGCGGGGACAGAGUUAAUGACAAUGGUGGAGUGGGCAUCAUGCACCCAUACAACCACCUGGACAAUCACCUUAGACUUAACCCUAACAAGAGAACCUUGGAGAGACAACCUAAUGGAGACAGUGGAGAGAGGAAUGAAGCUGAAAGAGAAAAUGACAGGGGACCAGACAGAGAGCGAGAGGAGCAAGAAGAUAUCAGGCCUAUGAUGAAUGGCAGGAUCAGUGUAAGUGAAGCGGAGUCCUUUCCUGGGCUCUUUCAGCGUAGGCCCACUCCUAUCACCAGCCCAAGCCCCUCCAACAACAAGAGGAUCAAGAUAGAGAAGGAACAGAUGGAUAUUCCCCCAACCAUACCUCUUAUAUCCCCAGAAAAUGUCUACUCCCAGCUCCUGGCUGGCUACGCUGCUUCACGCCACUUCAUUAGAGAACCUUUCUUGGGGUUUACUGACUCCCGCCAGUCACCGUUCGCCAACUCUUCUGACCACUCCUCCUCAGAAACUGGAAGCCUCCGCUUCUCCACUCCGCCGGGGGAACUGAUUGAAGGCGGCAGUGCAUCGGGGCGGAGCGGCAGCAGCACCCCUCACCUCCUGCGCGGACCUGGACCCGGUCGGCCCCCAAGUUCAAAAGAGAAGAGAAACGACACCUGUGAGUACUGUGGAAAGGUGUUCAAGAACUGCAGCAAUUUGACAGUCCACAGGCGCAGCCACACGGGGGAGCGACCAUACAAGUGUGACCUGUGCAGCUACGCCUGCGCCCAGAGCUCCAAGCUGACUCGCCACAUGAAGACCCACGGCCAGUUCGGGAAGGAGGUGUAUCGAUGCGACAUUUGCCACAUGCCCUUCAGUGUCUACAGCACGCUGGAGAAACACAUGAAGAAAUGGCAUGGUGAACAUUUGAUGGCCAGUGAGGUCAAACUGGAACAAGCGGACAGAGGUUAAGCCACCAGCGAUAAGUUAUAAAGCAUACAGUACACACACAUCCUUGUUCUCUUGCGCGCUCUCUUACACACAUACACAAUACACUCAUACAUGCACACAAAUCACAACACCACUUCUUCAGUGAUGGAGCUUGGCUGGAGUAUCACUCUCUUGAAAAAAAAAAUUAAGAUUGAUGUUUAUCAUUUUUUCUUGUCACAGAAACUGCCACCUGAGAAUAUUACCAAAUGGAAACUUUAAUAACUUGUCUGAAAUGCUCAUCUGGGUGUUUCAAACAGUCUGAGGAUUUUAUCAGUUAGGAAUCUAUGGAGCCUUUCUACUGUGCAAUAAUUUCUGUAUUUAUUGGAUUUUUGUAAUGAUAUUUGGCAUGUGCAGGUAAAUCUUUGUGGGAUUUCAUAUGGAGUUAGUUUUGAAAUGUUCUAAAAAAAACUUUUUUUUUUUCUAAAACGAUAUAACUGAGAAGACGUCACCAUUAAUACGAUGUUUGACUUUUUCCUUUAAGGAAGCUUGUUAUCCUGUGAGAGUAAAUCUGUGUGAAGCAGUCAGCUUUUAAAAGAAAAAAAAAAUAUUUGUUUUCUAUAUUACCUGCAGCAGCGGAUUACAAUCCAUUCCCUCAUACAGGCCUAAAGCACUGAAUGUCAGCCUGACAAUAAAACAUCCAUUGUGGAUUUUAAAAAUCCGACAUUAUCUUAGAGAUAUGGUAGGUUGGUGUUAAUUUAUUCAGGGAGCAUUGUCCUUUUAAAACAAUUGAAAAAAAAAUUGGAACAAUUUCAAAAUGCAGUUACUGUAUUAGUGUCCUUAAAGCAAAAAAGGACGUAAAUAAAGGUUGCACUUAACAGAGAUACCCUUAAACUGAUGCUCAGUACAUUCCUAAUGUAGGAUUAAACCACCAUAUUUAAUAUGAUGAAUAGAUUAAAGACUACUUGUGAUUAAUGUGAGAACGGGAACAGUCCUUUAUAUGGUUUGUAAAUAUUCUUUUUUUAUAUGUUAAAGUAGCCCUGACUGUAAAUGAAAGAUGGCCUAAAUCUACACAAUCAAAAGACCAGCUGCUUACAUUUGCUACAUGUAGCUACCAUCCAAUGUUUUCUUUAUUAAGCCUAUCUCUAGUUCAUUGUCAAACAUCGUUUGGCUAAAUUUACUUUACCUUCAAUGCCACUCCCUCUUGUGUUUGAUAUGGAAACUCUGUCCCACCAAGCUGACUUCCUGUACCCCAUAAUGGGCCAAAACAUAACUCUUAAAUGAAAUCCAUAUCAAUGUGUGUUUGCAUUCCUCUCCUCUUUGCGGCAUGCUCUGAGUCUCUCUCUGACUGCAUCUUUUCACAGUUCACCAGCUCAGAUUGAUGCAUUAGAGCUGCAUUUUAAAAGGAGGCCUGUUCAUUCGCCUCACACAGCGAUACAGGUUUAACUCUGUAACAGAUUUUGAUACAGUGUGCCUGUACAUGUCUUCCGGGGAUUACGCUUUUUAUUCUCUGCAUCAUUCAUUCUAAAAUCAAUCUGGUAAAACUAAG